AUGAGUGAGCUUACAUCCUCAACCACAAAUAGGGUAAAAAUUGAGCAAAAAAUGACAGAUGAUGACUAUUCGAGUUUAGUAAAAAAAAUAACAAGCCGAGAUACAUAUUUUGUACUAUCUCCGAAACAAUUAGAAAAAAUAAAACUGAUUUCUGAAGCUAUUUUUAAAUUGGCUAAUGAAACUUUAUUAGAGAUCAUAAAGCAAAACGAAGUAGAACCAUGGAUGGAAUCAAGAUAUGGUGUU